GCCCAAGGCAGGCCUCCAGUUUUUUGCUCUUCACGUUUGGGAUUAUGCGCCUCGCAGCAGCGCUGUCGCUCUCAUUGCUCGCCGGCGCGAGCGGGCGGAAGAGGUGGUGGGAGAACGCGGAGCCGGACGACACCUUGGGCUGCGGAAAAUGCAAGGUCGCCGUCAUGCGGCUGCUCGUGCCGUUCCCAAAGGGCUGCGCUGGCUCUAAUGGUACGGUCAUCAAGAGCACGGCGGCGGAUCGGGCAGCGUCGGCGUACUGCGAGAGCCUCUUCCCACCAAAGAUGAAGCGGCAGUGCGUCGUCUACUCCUUUGGCGUAGACAACAACCUCGACUUUGACAAGGCGAUGCUCGCGCGCAAAGACCCGGCCGGCGUCCCGAUCGGCUGCCGCGUGAUGUCCUUCGACCCGUUCUGCUGCGGCGCGGCGCACGUGCUGGCAACCAACCACCAGUUCGCACCCGUCGGCCUCGCCACGUACGACGGGCUGAUGGAGGCGGGGACGGAGCAGGGGAACGUGAGCUUUCCGGUGUUUACGCUGCGCACGCUCAUGUCGUCCAACGAGGACCCGAAGCUGGACGCGCUGCGGCUCAAGGUGAGCAGCGCGCUGGAGUGGAAGGGGCUGAAGAACCUGAUCAACCUCGGCACCAUCCAAGAGAUCCGGCAGCUCUCGCUCAACCUCCAGUUCAAGGACGAGGACAUGUGGGAGGAGUACCGACUGAUCCUCACGUCGCUGCGCGCCGCCGGCUUUGUGCCCUUUUACGUCGCCAAGCAGCCGCAGGCGACGCCUCCGCCUGCGGCGGCGGUGGGGGCUUCCCGCUUGUGCCACGGCGCCUCUUCACGCCUCGCCCUGUGUGUGCCCAGGCGAGCUACCUGCAGGUGCAGGAGGGCUCGUUCCAGCUGUACUCGAGCUACGAGGUGGCUUACGGUAACGUCAACGUGAGGUGAGGCAGGGGAGGGGUUGAGGAGGGGAGGGGGCGAGGAGGGCGAGGAGGGCAGAUGCGGGGAGGGGACGGCGCCGACGGGCAGGCUUCGAGCUGGCGAGAGGCGGCUGACCACAGGCCGAGGUCCCGACCGCACCGCUGACUGCGCCGCCUCCGGCCGAGGCGGCCUCGACGGCGGCGCUGCGGUGGUCGGGCUGGGCCGGGGCCCGCUUCUCGCGCGCGCGGGGCGGAGCGGAGGCGGGGAAUGCGGCCUCCGGUGGAACGGCUUUCACCGCCGGAUCCCUCGGCUCCUGGUAGAGAGUCGCGAGAAGCCAUAUGGAGACGCGUCUCUCUUGUGGGACGCCGUGUGCACCGCGGCCACCGCACGCGCACCGACCACCGUUGGCACGAUGCGCACGCUGGGUCUCUAUACAUGUGUGGUGCUUGUGAGGCAAGGUAAACUUCUC